GUCGAGUAAAGAAGAAGUACAUUCGGUGUAGAGUAGAUCGUAGAGUGUAGUGCACACAUGCUGUUAUAGCUGUAAUUUUUUUGAUUAAGGCUUCGGCUGAGUUUGUCUUUAACAGUUUUCUUAUUUUUUACAUACAUUUUACCUAGUGAAGAUUAUUAGGCUCCAAUGUUACCGCGAUUCAGUCUUAGACUGUCUUCCAAUGGUUAAGUACCAAAUAUCUCUGAGAAGAUUAAACACUCGACCUAAUAGAGUGGGUCUAGUUAAUUAAAUGAAGAUUGAAUAAUAUUUUAAAAUUGUGCAACCAAAAGAAAAUAAGGAAUAUCGGAAAAAUAAUUAACGGAUCUUGCACUGGCAUAAUUUAUUUUUGAAUCUCCUACAUCUUCGGAAUUUAACUCUUCUUAAGUUGUCUUUUAAGUGUUCUUCGUCGAGUAGAGUGCUUGAGUAGUGUCUUUACAAUCUAAUACAAGUUGACUCCAACUAGUGUAAUUACAAAGCCGGUUGAAGAGAAUAACAAGAAAAUGAAAAAUAGAUCAAAACAAGACAUCUUGUGAUAAUUGAAGUGUUCUAGAAGUAGUUACAAAAUAAGGCAACUACGACAAAACAAAAACGUACCAAGGCAAAAAGUGUGCUCAACUCAAAGAAUCCUAUCGCAUUUUUCCCUCUUCUUAAGUGUUUCAAUCUAUUUAUUUGAAGUGAUCUGAGGAAGAAGAGAAAAAGAACGAGUUAGCAGCGGUUGCAUUGCAUAACUUAACGAAAUUGGCAUAACAGAUUUCAGUUUAACGAUAGGCCACUGAUAAUACCAAAAUGAAGCGGUGCAUAUUGCUUUUACUGAUAAUGGUGUACAAUUCCGGAUCGUAUCCGACUACGGAACCAAGCGAUAAAUCCAGUAAUGAGGACGACCCAUCAAAGCAAAUUAUCGGUUCUAGUGUUGUAACAUCAGUUUCAGUAAUACUCAAUGGGGACGAACCGCAAUUCACGGACGCUGUUGGAAAUACCAUUCCAAAACCACUAGUCCCUCUGCAAGUGGCCAGCCCUAUUAACCUCCUAAACCCCGAUCGUUAUGAAUUCUACACUUUUAAUGACAAUGGUGAACUGGUAAAACGCUUAAUGACUUUGGAUGAAAUUCAAAGCAUAGUAGCAAAUGGAAAUGGCGAUGGGGCUGUAAUCCAUAGCUUUCCAAUAAAUGAUCGUGACCCAGAAAAGAAUGUCCACGAUAUUGUCGAAAGUGUUCAAAAGGUUCUGAACAAAGAAGUGGCUUGGAAAAAGAAUCUGACUAAUGAACAUCUGGUCUUAGAUACACCAGAUGUAUCCUCAUCUUGGUCAAUGAUUUUGCCAGCAAUUUUUGGCAACACAGGAACCGAAAUAUUCCCUAAUAAACCGCAGCAAGUUGCAAUGACCCCAGAAGCAGAUGUGCUUACUAGGAAACCACCAACAAAAGUACCCUUGAUCCACAAACCUCAAAAACCGGUACCCAGUCAUAACAAACCUUCUAUUGAAAAUGAAGCGCAAAAUAGUAACAUAAUGAACAACGCAAUGGCAAAACCCUCAUUCAGCAAGCCAGAAUAUUUAACUACCACAACGAAUGAAAAACCAAUCUCGGUUAAAAGCACAACUAAAUCGCCUCCGGCAACAACAACUACAACCACAACCCGCAAACCUACAACGACAACAACGCACAAACCGACAACAACAACAACGCGGAAACCUCCUACAACAACAACAACAACCUCAAAGCCAACUACAACUCUAGCGCCAACAACCUCCCGCACUACGGUCACAACCCCCAAACCAACAACUAGUUCAACGACGACAACUAUUAAGCCUAUGUUUGAAAAACCAAUUUCAUCACCAGUGAAUGUAUCACCGACCAAAAAGGUUCCACCAACAACUGAAGGUUCAUUAAUGGAAGUUUCGCAAUCACAUGUCCCAAUGAAUGGUAUAGAUACGAAAUAUGGGUCAGAACCCGAAUUUUCGGAAUAUCAUCAAUAUGAGAGUGUACCAUUAGCUUCAACAGGUAGCUAUGGUGGCUUAGAAGCUGAUGACUUAGUCGAAAAUCCUUCGAUGGGCUAUCUGUCUCCAUCAUUAGAUACCGAUUUGCCAACAAAAGAGGACAUUAACACUAAAAUUUCAAUAGAUCAAAUUCUUGAAACACUUACAAAUGAUAUGAAUACCGAAAAGGUUGAAAUGGAAACUAACACUAAAUUGUAUACAACAAUUGAACCUGUUCUAUACAACGGUGACCUUUCAAAGCCGCACAAAAAACAGGAAAUUGUUUAUACAACAGAAACAGACUCAACUACCACAAAUUCUCCUGAACAAAAAACGGAAGCUGAAAAGGAUAGCAUUGGAAAUGGAUCCCAAGAAGAGUCAAAUACUCUCCAUUUUGAGCCCCUCUAUGCAGAAAUUCGGGAUCCAAUAGUUAAUGAUUUUUCAACAGAAAUUCCCUUGGCAGAGACAACGACGACAACAAUGAUAAAUGAUUUAGGGACAACUUUGGGUGAUACUCCAGGCGACGACAAACAUGACGAAUUUACAUCUCAUCUACAGGCUCAACCAAUAAAAACUGAAGACAAACCGUUAUCAGUGGUAGAAACAAUUGAUCAGCUAAUUAAUGACCAGAAAAAAUCUACGCCAGCGUCUGUUGUUACUGAACCUGUAAGCAUGGAUCAAUCAAUCAAAAUUCAAGGAGCCAGUAAUGAAAUCAGCAUGGAUGACUACGUUCAUCAAGCUGCAACUAUAGCAUCAAAUCUUGAAGGGAAUAUCAAUUCUAAACCAACAACGACACCAUCCAACGAAGUCACGGAUAUGUCCGAACCCGAAGAAUCUAAUGAAAUCAGCAACCUCAUUCCUGAUGUUGUGAACCAGAUUACGGACGCUCCUCAAGCUGAUCCCAAUAGGCCUGAUGAAAUAGAUUUAUCUAAUCGAGUAUCCAAUAUUGCAUAUCUGAACCCAAAUCUACUAGUUCCACUCAAAGAACCCAUGGCUACUCCGAAACCAGUGAAAGUUGAACAUCUUGAUGAAGCAGUAAUGAAGGAAAGUGUGCCUACUACAACAAUUGCUCCUGAAACUCCAGUAACACACACUAGAUUCAAUUUACGUCCAACGUACCAGUCUCAUAUAAAAAACAGCGGAGAAGCAUCCGCGGAAGUGACUACCCAAACAGAACCAAACUCUGCCAUUGAAGUAAAUACUCCUUAUUACAUCAAAAUCAACUCGAUUAAGGCCGAGGCUCACCUUACGACAGAGCCACCUAAACCAGCAGAGCAAUUAAUUACAACGAUUGUGCCUACAACUAUACCUCCUGUAAAGGCCACGAAAGAAAAUGACAAUUCAAUGAAUUUCCAAACUUUUGCUACUGAAAGCAGUACAGAAAGUGAAGAUGCUCUGGUUACUGAGCUUACCACUUCCAAAAUUGACUUAAUUACGGAUACUCCAACAUCCCACGAAACAGAACAGGCUUAUGUGAAACUCGGCGAGUCUACCGAAAAGCUCGAUGAUAUGUUACAAACUACAACAGUUUCUGCUGACUUAACGAAUGUUCCUGAAAUGUCGACAACAACGCAAGCUGCAACUACCAUUCCAGUAAAAGAAUCAUCUUCGAACACCCUGAAACCUGUACAUUAUUACAAACAUCCAUCCAGUGCAACCGAUCAGAAAUUGAUGCAGUUCAAUAAUCAAAGACCAGUGGUCAGACCACCAGCACUUAGCAAUCUGAAGGUUACACCGGUCGGCCAACCACCCAGAAUUCCGGUCAGACUUGACCCUAUCCCAGGCCCCUCUCUGGGGCUCAAAUCUAGUACCAUUGGGCAAGAUGAAGAUGUUCUGGCCUUCGCUCAACUGUGCAAUGAGCUGGCCUUCAAUUACUGGAAAUCAAUUACAGCCGAAAAAAUCAGCCCUGCUAGAAGUUUAGUCAUAUCACCAUUUGCUUUAACGUCAAUGCUGUCCAUGGUAUUUCUAGGAGCUCGAGGUGGAACCUCUGGAGAAAUGAAUGAAAUUUUAAAACUUGAUGACAUGGUGACAUUUAAUCCUCAUUUAGUGUUCAAGAAUAUUACAGAUUCAGUUGAGAAAAUCAGGGACAGUCACAUUGCUGCUGCUGCUUUUAUUCGUGAAGUCUACACUGACCGAUCGAAUGGAAAAGUCCUGCAAUUUUUCAAGGAGAAAGUUCAACAGUUCUAUUCAGGACACGUAGAGGAAGUGAACUUCAAUAUUGUGAGCGAUAUCAUUAGGAGACGCACGAAUUUAUUAGUGAAGAGACAUACAUCUGGUAAAGUUCCGGAAUAUCUCAGGACGAAUAGCGUUUGGGUGAAUGGACCAUUUGCCACUAUUUCCGCUAAUUUGAUACAGACUGACUGCACUAGAGCCUCAGUUUUCGAUCGUGAUGGGGAAAUGUUCUUCCAAGUUCAUCCUUCCAUUAGACAACGUAGACUAGUUCCAAUUCCAGCUGUUGUUUGGAGAGCUGGAUUUACAGCAGGCUACGAUCCUGAAGUUGAUGCUACUGUUGUCGCCUUUGGCAAUGCAUUUAAUACAAUAAGUACAAUCUACGUAAUGCCGGGACAACAAGGAGUUGCUGCUGCUGGUGACAAUCUAGAACGUCUAGAAACAAGUCUUAUAGAAACCGAGAUCGGCGCGAAUGUUUGGGGCCGCCUACUGUCGUCACUACAUGAACGUCCCGGACUUGAAGUUCAGUUGCCAAGAUUUUCGCACAGGUCUUUCAUCAAUGCUUCAGCCGGUCUUCAACGAAUGGGACUGAAAAGUAUUUUCAACUCCGAUGAUGCCGAUCUACGUGGUUUGACCGGAUCAGCGAAUCGUGACGUCUACCUUUCAGAUAUGAUUCAAGUUAAUACUUUCACCACUUGCGGCGAAGGCAGAAUAGGAGAACAACAUCAUGUUGAGAUGUAUCCAGCACCACCAUUGCGCCGAAAACAUUCGGGAGUUGGUCAAGAGGCACGAAGUGAAGUUAAGUCAGAAGAACAUGUUGGCACAGUCCAGGAUAGCGGUCGAGCAAUUUACGACGAUCUCUUAGAUCCAAAGUAUUUAGAAGUUCCACUUCAGCUGAGACCACGACAAGCUCGCAUUCCUGAAGCACCUAGACUUCGAUUCGAUAAACCGUUCCUGUACUUUGUCAGACAUAAUCCAACCGGUAUGAUUCUGUUCAUGGGACGCUUCAAUCCUAGACUGUUGCCAUGAACUGGAGCAACAGAAAGUACCUUGGGGCGGGAUAAGUUAAGACAAUCAAAAAACUCUCAUUCUUUGUUUGGAAUGCUGAAUAAUUUUGAAAACAAGCAGUUAUAAGAACUCUUUUAUUCGGAUUUUGUUUAUCCAUUCCUACAUACAUAAUUUUGUUUCUUACUUUGUUGGUGAAGCCUGGCAUUUUUACUCAGCAUUGUCGUCUGAUAAUUAUCCACUAUUCUAGAAUAUGUGAAGUAGCUACGAAUCAAAAGGAGGCAAACGCCAUUUUAAUAUACUAUCAUAUUCCGUCAUCCGCCUCGCGACCACAUUGCAUUCCUCACUUAAAAUUACAACAGCAGUAUCUUAGCAUUCCAGACAAAACAAUAUGAUGCGAUAACAUUUCUACGAUUAGCAUUUAUCUAAACUUACACUUAAGAUUUAUUUAUUACAUACAUGUAGAUCCCUUUGUUUACUUAAACUGAACUGUUAAAAGAAUAAGACUCUUUGUAGACACCCUCUACUUGCUUAUUUUGCAGAAAAUUGUAUCUACAAUUUAAUGUUUGCUUAUCUGAUGUCCUUAAUUCACGAUCUCAUCAAGAAUUAUAAGAAAAAAUUGGCCAAAAAUUUGUGAUCGUGGAUUGAUGAUGAAAGAGGGAAUAAAAACAAGAGAUUUCAGAUUGGUGGAAGGAUGUUUCGUGAUUGGAUAUUGUAGAUGCAAUAGAGUACUUCUCUAGCAAAAUCACGGCGUAGACUAGGUUUAAUUAUUUUGUAGGAAUUAUUAAAGUAAUAAAGAGA